AUGUCUUACUCUCAAUAUUUAAAGCCAAUUUCUGAAAGACGUACCAUCUACAACUUAAAACCAGAAUUACCAUCUGGUAUUUCUAUUGACACUGUGCAAGCAGCUAUACAAACGAUUGUUAGAGACGUUCCAACUCAUUUCAACUGUCAAUUAAACCGUGCUAUUAUCUUAACUGGUGAUGCUCAUAAGAAGGUUUGGGAUAGUGUUGCUAAGGCUACUAAUGGUGCUAGAAGAGCUAUUGCAGAAAGAGAUGAAACUUUUGGUACUGUUGUUUUCUUUGUCGAUGAAGCCGUCACUAGGAAGCUACAAAAUGAAUACCCAGCUCAUCAUGACUUAUUACCAUUAUUCGGUGAACAAGUUUCUGGUGCUGCUCAAGUCCAAUCCUGGGUAGCUGUGGAAUCUAUGGGUAUGGGUGCCAACUUACAACAUUUCAAUCAAUUUGUUCAAGAUGCUUUACCAGCCGAUAUUCCAAAAAGUUGGGUUGUUAAGUCUCAAUUAUGUUUUGGUUUACCAACCGGUCAAGCUGAUGUUAAAGAAUAUGUCGAAAACCCGGUCAAAGUUUAUUAG